AGCUGGGCCGAGGACUCGAGAGCGAUUGAGAGAGACGAGGUUGACGACCGACCACCGCUGCAACCUGCAAUCCGGCAACUCAGUUAGAGCAGUCCAUCUCGAAACUUAACAUUCUGAGAGCUUGCAUCAAUGGGGAAGAGAAACCGACAGCAGCACCAACAGCCGUUGUACGCUGAUGACUCCUCUGUCUCCUCCAAGAAGCGAUCACGAGAACCUAAGCAACACCAGAAAGAAGACAUGAUGAUUUCAACCGGAAUGAGCUCCAAAAUUUUGAAAGAGGCCUUAAUUCAGCAAAAGGAAAUCCAAGAUGAGGCUGAGGGACAAAACCCCAACUCUUCUUUCUUUGCAGUUACUGAAGAACCAAAUGCUACUGCUGAAGGCGGUGAAGAAGAUGAUAUCGAUGCCUUUGAUGGUUUUUCUGAAACUCUUAGCCUCUACAAUGGCUAUGCAGAUGAAGAGGAGAUUGAUGAGGAGGAAGAGAAAGUUUUGAAAGCUUUUAUGUCGAAGAACACUGGCCCACAACAGACGUUGGCGGACCUCAUUAUAAAAAAAAUUAAAGAAAAAGAUGCAGAGGUUUCUUCAGAAACACAGCCCCUUCCUAAACUGGACCAGACCAUCAUAGAUUUAUACAAGGGUGUUGGCAAACUACUUAGUAGAUACACAACUGGUAAAGUGCCGAAGGCAUUCAAACACAUCCCCUCAAUGGAGCUCUGGGAGGAUGUGCUAUACAUGACAGAACCUGAGAAUUGGUCACCAAAUGCCAUGUAUCAAGCCACAAGAAUCUUCUCUUCCAAUUUGGGUGUGAGGAAGGCCCAGCGCUUCUACAAGCUUGUUUUGCUCCCUAGGAUUAGAGAAGACAUGCAGAAGAAUAAGAGGCUCCAUUUUGCUUUAUAUCAAGCUUUGAAGAAGUCACUUUACAAGCCAGCAGCCUUCUUCAAGGGUAUUUUGUUUCCACUGUGCGAGUCAGGAACUUGCACUCUUAGGGAAGCUGUCAUUAUUGGAAGCAUUAUUCAGAAGGUUUCUAUUCCACCACUUCAUUCAAGUGCUGGACUGCUGAAGCUUGCGGAGAUGGAUUAUUGUGGCACAACUAGUUAUUUUCUAAAGCUUUUUCUGGAAAAGAAGUAUGCAUUGCCCUACCGCGUACUUGAUGCCGUUAUCGCUCAUUUUAUGAGAUUUCUCAAUGACACAAGGAUUAUGCCUGUGAUAUGGCACCAGUCACUUCUUGCAUUUGUGCAAAGGUACAAGAAUGAACUGACAAAGGAAGACAAGGAUAAUCUGGACCGUCUGCUUCAACACCAGAAACAUUACUUGGUCACACCUGAAAUCCAGAGAGAGCUUGCAAAUGGUCGUAACCGGGGGGAGAAAGAGGAUGUUCUCAUGUCAAUUUCAUCACCUAUUUCUGUAAUCAAUAAACCAAUUGAAGAAGACAGAUUUGAUUUUCCUGAGGUUCCAAUGGAAGAGGAUUGAAUUUUGCUAGCAGCUGGUUUUUUAAUACGUGCUUGGUUUUUUCUGGAAAUGGAGAAGGGAUGAAAGAAUUGAAUAUAUUCUUCCAAGUCUUGAGAGAAAAGCAGGGUCUUCUGUGAUUUCUGCUCUACUUGGUUUUCACCAAGCCGAUUCAAGUUUUUUUAAAGGGUUGUGCUAUUUAAUUAUUGAUUAUUGAAAAUGGCAAUCAAUGCUGAAACUCUAUCAAAGUAAUGGAUCGAUGUCGUUUGUCUCAAAGCUCCGGAUUCUGCGGGACUUGCAGCAUCAUUCUUCAGGUGAUCCAAGACCACUAUAUAGGCCCAUUUCAAGCAAUUAAAAUUUUGUAGUUUACCUCUGUCUCUGUUUUGGUUUGGGACAUCAACUGAAUUUUUGUUGGUUUUAUCAGCAGCAAUGUACUCUAAAAAGAAACUGUUUUACUAAUGUAACUUGGUUAAA